AACGCAUCUCAAACCCGCCGCCCCUGAAGCAAAAACACAAGAGAGGAGAGAAGGCCCUUUGAUGGGUUUAAGGAGGGAAGGUUUUUUGAGCAUCUUUCUUUCUUUAUCUUGAUCUUGAUUGUUUCUAUUAUCCCAUUCGUGGGUUUUGUUUGAUUUGAAAGAGAGAAAGAGUACUCUUUUGUUCAUAUCUUUCUUUUCCUAGACCAAGAAAGGAAGAAAGAACACCACCAUAUAUUUGCUAAACAGCAGAGAAAGCAGAAGCAAAAAAAGAAAAAGAAAGUGAGGGUUGGCUUUGUAAAGACCGUCAUUGAAAACAAGAAAGAGCAUUGACAAUGAAGUACGUAUUGGUUACUGGUGGUGUGGUUAGUGGACUUGGCAAAGGUGUUACAGCCAGUAGUAUUGGUCUUCUCCUCAAAGCCUGUGGCCUUCGAGUUACUUCUAUUAAGAUUGACCCUUACCUAAAUACUGAUGCGGGCACUAUGUCUCCUUUUGAGCAUGGGGAGGUCUUUGUCUUAGAUGAUGGCGGCGAGGUGGAUUUGGACCUUGGUAACUAUGAGCGUUUUCUAGACAUUAAGUUAACCCGUGACAAUAAUAUCACCACUGGAAAAAUAUACCAGUCUGUUCUCGAGAAGGAGAGGAGAGGAGAUUAUCUUGGAAAGACUGUGCAGGUAGUUCCACACAUCACAGAUGCCAUCCAAGAGUGGAUAGAGCGUGUAGCCUUCAUACCAGUGGAUGGAAAAGAAGGUCCAGCUGAUGUUUGUGUCAUUGAACUUGGUGGAACUAUAGGGGACAUUGAAUCGAUGCCGUUUAUUGAGGCACUUGGCCAGUUCUCUUAUCACGUGGGCCCUGGAAAUUUCUGCUUGAUCCAUGUCAGCCUGGUACCUGUUCUUAAUGUUGUUGGUGAACAGAAAACGAAGCCUACCCAGCAUAGUGUUAGGGGGCUUAGAGGACUUGGAUUGACUCCGAACAUUCUAGCUUGUCGCAGCACAAAGGCACUCGAAGACAAUGUUAAGGCCAAACUAUCCCAAUUUUGUCAUGUGGCAGCUGAAAACAUACUCACCCUGUAUGAUGUCCCAAACAUCUGGCACAUUCCUCUGCUUCUAAGAGAUCAGAAGGCACAUGAAGCAAUCUUAAAAGGACUGAACCUUCUAGGUGUUGCCAGGGAGCCUGAUUUACAGGAGUGGACUGCUAGGACAAGAGUCUAUGACAUACUGCAUGAACCUGUUAGAAUUGCCAUGGUUGGAAAAUAUACUGGACUUUCAGAUUCUUACCUCUCUGUUUUGAAGGCUCUUUUGCAUGCUUCUGUCGCUUGCCGGCGGAAGCUUGUUGUAGAAUGGGUUGCUGCAGGUGAUCUUGAAGAUGUUACUGCUAAAGAGGCACCUGAUGUUUAUAAAAAUGCUUGGGAUCUUUUGAAGGGAUCCGAUGGUGUUCUAGUUCCAGGAGGGUUUGGUGAUAGAGGGGUUCAAGGAAAAAUUCUUGCUGCUAAGUAUGCUCGUGAGAACAAAGUUCCAUUUCUGGGCAUUUGUCUGGGGAUGCAAAUUGCUGUUAUUGAAUUUGCACGAUCUGCUCUUGGUUUGCAUGAUGCAAACAGUACAGAAUUUGAUCCUGAAACUUCCCAUCCUUGUGUCAUUUUUAUGCCAGAGGGUUCAAAAACUCACAUGGGGGGGACUAUGCGUCUGGGGUCAAGGAGGACUUAUUUCAAAGUUCCAAAUUGCAAAUCUGCAAAGUUGUACAGCAAUGCCAGUUUUGUUGAUGAGCGUCAUCGGCAUAGAUAUGAGGUCAAUCCAAACAUGGUAUCACAAUUUGAAAAUGCUGGUCUAUCAUUUGUUGGCAGAGAUGAAACUGGUCAGCGCAUGGAGAUCAUUGAACUACCGAGUCAUCCGUACUUUGUUGGUACCCAGUUCCAUCCUGAAUUCAAGUCAAGGCCAGGAAAACCUUCGGCUCUUUUCUUAGGACUUAUAGCAGCAGCAAGUGGGCAGUUGGAUGCUGUCUUACAAAAUUAUGGUCAUGAAAGUAAGCUAUUGCCAAAUGGAAUAAGCAAUGGAAAACCAUCAGUGAAAACCUACCAAAACGGCAAUGCCAUUAAGUCUUCCAAUGGAUCACUAAAUGGUGUAUAUAGCAAUGGCAAUGGCAAUGGCGUGCACCAUUAAGGAAGUGCGCUCUGAUUAUGGUUUCAGUUUUUGAAGGGCUUUCAAUAGUCUUCGGUUUUUCUUUGUACAGCCGUUGAGUAUGGGGUAGAUUAUUUUAGCUCUCAAGUGACUUGGCUUAGGAGAAGGUUGUGGAGUCCGAACUCUUGUAACAACGAAAUUUUCCAGUUUGUCAGUAAAAUAUGGGCUUGAGUUGCAGCAUCACCCUCUUGGUGGACCAAGUGUCCUUUUUAAGUGGGAAUUUUGGCUGUUAAUUUGUCUUAGAAGAAGGAAUGUUUCAAGUCUACCCUUCUAUCAUCAACAUAGGAAUUGAUACUGGUUGCAGUGAUACACCAUGACAGAAGCAGGCAUCCCUGGUGACUACUUUUGGCAAUCAAUUGAUUGGUUCUCUCCUCACGCAUCGACCGGCCGUCCUCCUUUCUUUCGGUCGCUCUUCUAACUUUGUAAGGCAAUGGAUGUGUAAACUUCUGUUGCUCGGAGGCAUUUGCAGACAUUCCAUUUUCUUAAAUAUUUGUCUUGUAUGUCACGGAUAAGUUUGAUGUUUUUCAAUAGCUUUCCCCCCAAAUGGUUGCAAAGAAUGAAAGAUACGGAAAUUUCAUA